AUGGACAAGUUUUACCCAAGUGUUCCCUUUAAAAUACCUCAAACAGAAAUUAGUAAACGUGUAGACUAUCGGGACAAAUGUGUCUUUACAAUUGAUCCUUUAACCGCCAAAGACUUAGAUGAUGCUCUGUCUUGCGAGGAAUUAGACACGGUAUGUAAAAUCGGCGUGCACAUUUCUGAUGUUAGUUAUUUUUUAAAACCCGACAACGACUUGGACAAAGCCGCAGCUUUUAAGGCUACUUCAUACAUGGUCGAAAGCGUUUAUCACAUGCUGCCUAAAAAUUUGUGCAUGAUGUGCUCUUUGUUACCAGGACUUGAUCGGUUGAGUUUUUCUGUGUUUUGGGAAAUGACCAGACAGGGUGAGGUUGUCAGUUCGGAGUUUCGCAAAACUGUUAUAAAUUCUUGUACGCAAUUAGCGUAUGAACACGCCCAAGAAAUGUUGGAGGCCUGUGAUGACCAGGAAUUGGAUUGCACAAAGUUUCCUGCAAUUUUACACGACUACAAACUGUCUUAUUUAACCCGUUUGGUUAAAAUAUUGCAAAGCAUAGCUUUGCAAUUGAGACAAAAGCGUUUCCACAACGGAGCUUUGAGGAUAGAUCAACCCAAACUAAGUUUCAAACUAAACCCGCAAACGUCCCUACCAGAAUCCUUUGCCAUCCAGCAACUACAAGACAGCAACAAACUCAUCGAAGAAUUCAUGCUCUUAGCAAACAUAACAGUAGCACAACAUCUGUACCAAAAUUUACCACAAACAGCAUUCCUGCGAGCCCAUUUGGAACCACAACCAAGAAUGCUGAAGGAUCUACAAGACUUCCUAAAAUCUGUCGGCGUCACUUUGAAUAUCGAAUCAUCCAAAUCCAUCCAGCAAUCUUUACUCAGCAUCGAACAAAAAUUAGACCAGGAAGUUGUCCAGGGGUGUUGCUGGUUUGUAAAUAAUCUUUGCUCUAAGGCGAUGACCAGGGCUCAUUAUUUUUGUGUGGGCAAAGUCGAUGAGGAGGAAUUGCGACAUUAUGCCUUGAGUGUAGAUCGGUAUACACUUACGAGCCCUAUUAGGAGAUAUGCUGAUAUUGUAGUACACAGACAACUGGCUCAUGUUUUGGGAAUCGAGAAGUAUGAGCACGAAUUUAAGGAUUUGGAACAGGUUGCUGGACAGUGCAAUAAAAAUAAAUACAAUGCUAAGAGAGCUGGUGAGAUGAGCUGCGAAUUGUACUUAAGUCUUUACAUCGUCAAAAAUUCACCACUUGUCGAAGAUGCUGUGAUUUUAGACAUUAAGGAUCGUUCCAUCGACGUUAUAAUUAUCAGGAUGAAUCUUAACAAGAGGAUUUAUUACGAGUCCUUCAUCCAUGCAAAGUACGAACCGAUAUUCAAUUCCUCCAAAAAGAAAGUAAUCUCUUGCAACGUUCAAUGGGAUAAAAAUAUCCUACAAGAAAAAUUCGUCACAGAAUACUAUCAAAAAUCGCUCCUGAAUUCUUCGAAAGCCAAAGACAACAAAAAUACUCAACAAAAGACUCCUAGAUCUCUCGAAAAUGCAAGAUUUAGUGACAUCAGAAGUCUGAAAUUGUUUAAUAAAGUUAAAGUAGUGGUUUGUGGAAAUUGUAAUAACUUAUUGUCGACUGAAGCAUUUUUAUUACCUUGA